CUCUACUCAACAAUCGCACGUGACGCUAUCAGCUCCUACGAGCUGGGCAGCGCGACCGACGCCUUCUCAGUUUCCUCAAAACUCACGUGAACGACCGCAAUCAUGGAGGCACGAGGACCACCGCGCGUCAAGAACAAGGCGGCCGCGCCCAUUCAGAUCAGCGCCGAACAGCUGCUGCGCGAAGCAGUCGACCGCCAGGAUGAGAAGCUCAAAGCGCCUACGCAGCGCUUUGCGGAUAUGGAGGAGCUGCACGAGCACCAGGGGCGCAAGAGGAAGGAGUUCGAGGACUAUGUGCGCCGCAAUAGGAUCAAUAUGAACAACUGGAUGCGCUAUGCCGCCUGGGAGCUCGAGCAGAAGGAGUUCAGGCGUGCGCGAUCCAUCUUUGAGCGUGCGCUGGAUGUCGACAGCACGUCCGUGGCUUUGUGGUUGAGGUACAUCGAAGCUGAGAUGAAACACCGCAACAUUAACCACGCACGAAACCUCCUUGACCGCGCCGUUACGAUCCUUCCCCGUGUGGACAAGCUUUGGUACAAGUAUGUCUAUAUGGAAGAGACCCUCGGCAACAUUGACGGUGCUCGCUCUGUCUUUGAGCGCUGGGUUCAGUGGGAGCCUGAGGAAUCUGCAUGGUCGUCAUACAUCAAGCUGGAGAAGAGGCACGGAGAAUUUGAGCGGGCCAGGGCCAUCUUCGAGCGCUUCACCGUAGUGCACCCCGAGCCGAAGAAUUGGAUCAAGUGGGCCAAGUUCGAGGAGGAGAACGGCACCAGCGAUCUGGUACGAGAUGUGUAUGGUACAGCUGUAGAGACUCUCGGCGACGAGUUCAUGGAUGAAAAGCUGUUCAUGGCAUAUGCUAAGUUCGAAGCAAGGCUGAAGGAGACAGAGCGAGCAAGAGCUAUUUACAAAUUUGCGCUGGACCGCAUGCCGCGCUCGAAAUCGGUCAACCUUCACAAGGCUUUCACAACGUUCGAAAAGCAGUACGGCGACCGAGACGGUAUCGAGGACGUUGUUCUGUCAAAACGAAGAGUGCACUAUGAAGAACAGAUCAAGGAGAACCCUAAGAACUACGAUGCAUGGAUCGACUUUGCGCGGUUGGAAGAGACAUCAGGAAACACAGACCGUGUACGAGACGUUUACGAACGAGCGAUCGCACAAAUUCCACCCACACAAGAAAAGCGCCACUGGAGAAGAUAUAUCUACCUUUGGCUAUUCUACGCCGUUUACGAAGAAUCAAUCACAAAAGACAUCACCCGCACACGGCAAAUCUAUCAGGAAUGCAUACGGUUGAUCCCGCACAAGCGUUUCACGUUCGCUAAGUUGUGGCUGAUGUUUGCUCACUUCGAGACUCGCCAGUCCCAACUCACAGCGGCACGAAAGCUCCUCGGCCAAGCAAUCGGCAUGUGUCCCAAAGACAAGCUUUUCAAGGGCUACAUCGAGCUCGAAAUGAAACUCUUCGAGUUCACUCGCUGCCGCCAACUCUACACAAAAUACAUCGAAUUCAACGGCUCCAACACACAAACCUGGAUCAAAUUCGCCGAACUCGAACGCGGUCUCGACGAUUUGGACCGUGCGCGCGCCAUCUUCGAACUCGCAGUCGAAGAGCCUCAACUCGACAUGCCCGAGCUGUUGUGGAAAGCAUACAUCGACUUCGAAGAAGGUGAGGGCGAAUACGAGCGUACCCGCGCCCUGUACGAGCGCCUCCUCGAAAAGACAGAUCAUGUUAAGGUUUGGACAUCGUGGGCGCAGCUGGAAAUCGGCAUUCCAGACUCCGAAGCCGAGGAUAACAACGACGAAGACAAGCCCGUUAGUGAGGCAGCGAAGGCGCGCGCUCGCGCUGUAUUCGAGCGUGCGCAUAAGCGUAUGAAGGACAAGGAUCUCAAGGAAGAUCGUGUUGCGCUGCUCAAUGCUUGGAAGAGCCUUGAGGCAAUUCAUGGCAGUCCGGAGGAUCAGGAGAAGAUCGAUAAGCAGAUGCCGCGCAAGGUUAAGAAAAGGAGAAAGCUCGACGACGACAGCUUCGAGGAGUAUGUCGAUUACAUUUUCCCUGCGGACGACGAGAGUGCGGCGAAGUUGGCGAAGCUUAUGGCCAAUGCGCAGAAGUGGAAGGCUGCGAAGGCAGCAAAAGAAGCUGAAAAUGGAGCGUAGGCAGUGCGUAC